AUGAAAUCAAAGACGCAGAGCGCACCUACCACCGACUCUCAAGUCCAGGCUCAGAAUAAUGCGGUGAAUGGCGCGGCUGCACAUGAGAGCAAGGUCAAGGUGGAGGAAAAGAUGGACGAGGGUCAGCUAACACGGCUUGUAACCGGUGUGACGGUGGACUCUGCUGCUCCAGCCUCGGCUACCCCUCAAGCCAAGACCGAGAAGGCGGCCGUGGUCGAGCUUCGAAAGGGGAUUAUACAGAUAACAGCGGUGGAAAACGACCGGGAGCCCCGGUCAAUGGUCAUUCUCACCGGUCUCAAAUCACUGUUCCAGAAGCAACUGCCAAAGAUGCCUCGGGAGUAUAUUGCCCGUCUGGUGUACGAUAGUAACUCAAAAGCCAUGGCGAUCAUCAAGAGGGGGUACAAGGUGGUUGGCGGAAUAUGCUACAGACCAUUUCCGCACAGAGGGUUUGCCGAGAUUGUGUUCUUUGCGACUGCUUCCGUCGACCAAGUCAAGGGAUAUGGCGGUAUGCUCAUGGACCACUUCAAAGCCCACAUUCAGAAAACCUACCCGGACAUGAUGCACUUCCUGACAUACGCCGACAACUACGCCGUCGGCUACUUCAAAAAACAGGGCUUUUCCAAGGACAUCACGCUGGACCGGUCCGUCUGGGCCGGGUACAUCAAGGACUACGAGGGCGGGACGAUCAUGCAGUGCACGAUGGUCCGCAAGUUCGACUACCUCAACAAGGUCAGCAUCGUCGCCCUGCAACGAGAGGCGAUUCUUGCCCGGAUUCGCGAGAAAAGCAAGAGCCAUGUGGUAUAUGAAGGUUUGCCCCAAUUUCAGGAGGGUCAGCCGGAGAACGUCGGUGUGGACCCACAGGGCGUUCCGGGGCUCAGUAAGUGUCUCCGGUAUUUCUCCAGCACCAUCGUCUUACGUCGAUUCGUCGGUUUCUCAGAGGAGAGUGGAUGGACACCUGCCAUGGACGCUAUGAACCGGACGACUGCACGGAGUGCAGAGCACAACUUCAUGCAGCGACUGCUCACCGAUCUACAGGGCCAUCCGCAAGCUUGGGCCUUCCUCCACCCCGUCAACGGGGACGAGGUCGUUGACUACUACGAAGUCAUCAAGAAGCCCAUGGACUUUAAUACGAUGGAGCACAAGCUGGAGACAGGCCAAUACCCGAACCUCAAGGCGUUCGUCGAAGAUGCACAGCUGGUGUUUGAUAAUUGUCGGCUUUAUAACCCCGAGGGUUCGAUAUACGCCAAGAACGCGACCAAGCUAGAGAAGUUUAUGAAGGAGCAUUUGGCAGAAUAUGCGAAGAGAGAUUUGUAG